AAAUCUGAGGAGUCCAGAACAACCGGCUUGUCUCGAGUCUGCAUGUAUACUGACAUUGUUGUAGCAUUCUUGAGAUCGGAGUGUGAAUUCAUUUCCUCCAACUCCCGCCCCCACCCCGUUGUCUUAGUGAAAGGCAGUCCCUAUUCUUUCUUCCCACGGGAAAAUAUGUGCAGCGCGGCCCUCCUCCGCUCCCGAGUACAAGGCCAAAUUGCAACUGCCCGGUUCCCAUUGUGGCCUGUUCCCACCCCCACUUCCUGUGUUGUUAUGCCGAAAUUUCUGGAUGAUAAUUAUUGGCUGUGAUGGGUGUUCAUGGAUUAUGGAAGCUCCUGGAGUCUGCGGGGAAGCCUGUGCCUGUGGAGACACUUGAGAACAAAGUUCUUGCUGUUGGUAUCCUUUCAAUAAUAUCAUUAAUAUAGCUUCAAGUUGUUUCUCUAUUGACCAACUUAGUUUCCUUUAGAGACAUGACUUGCACAUUUGUAUUGGCAGCUCUUAAUCAUAAUUCUGCAGAACUUGCAUUAUGCAUGUAUUACUCCAGCUAUAUACCUUACAAUGUCAUUUACGGAGAGUUUAACAUCAAUCCAAAGAAAGUAGUAAUGUUUUGCAUUAUUUUAUUUUUGGUCGCUGAAAGCAGCUUUUUUAUUCAAAUACUUUUGAGAAUUUUUAUUCUUAACUUUGCCUUACAGAUCAUAUUAGACACAAAUUAACAUGUGCAACAAAACAGAAGAAACUAUGUCUAAAUGUGAUUGUUUUUUCAUUGUAUCUGAAGAAAAAUUAAACAUUGUGUGUUUUAUAACUGCUUCAAAAUUCAGUGAUAUUGAUAGCAGCGCGUGGUUUUCAAGAUGCUCGAGGCCAAGCCCUGCCCAAUGCCCAUUUGCUGGGCCUCUUCCACCGACUGUGCAAGUUGCUUUUCUGGCGAGUACGACCUGUGUUCGUCUUUGA